GUUAUAUUGCACUGUCAGUCGACGGACGAAGUUAUCGAAAGUAUUAAGGAAAGAACAGGUAAGCAGGUGACCGCUGCUGAUGUCAAAAAUAUGAAAGCUGAACUCUCCACUGGUAAGUGUAUAUAAAUAUAUUUCAGGUUGGACUCGGAAGCAGGUAUUGCAGAUGAUGCGACAAAACGGUCAAGUUAGAGAGCAUGCAGAAAAUGGAUCUAUUACGGCGGUAUGCUUCAGCAGUUAUGAUCAGAUACGGCUGUACAAUCAAUAUCCCGAAGUCGUGUGUAUUGAUUCUACUUAUAAAACUAAUAAUAAAAAGUGAAUAUGAUUUUCGUUUUGUUCUACUAUGUAGGUAUUCAUUAUUCCAGUUAGUGGUAACAGACAAUUGGGGUCGAGGUCGAACUGUUAUGUUUGCAUGGACAAAAAAAGAAAAGCGUGCUGAUGUUACGUGGAUUUUGGAUAAAUUCAAGGAGAUAAUGGGUAACACGACCAAAACAGAAACAUUUGUGAUGGAUUGCGCACGAUCUGAAAGCGCGGCUGUCCGUAUAACACACGGGCAUGCAAACAUUAUUUUGUGCGCCUUUCAUGUGAUUCGCGCUUUCCGGAAAAAGACAAAUGAUAAAAUACUAAAAAACCUACUUGACUCGACUGGUAACCGCAGAAACGGUCGGAAGGUAAUUUUUUAAUGUAUUUAUUCACUAGAUUUAAUCAAUAUUACAGAAUAAUAAACCGCAGAGACAGUGAUAGGCCAGUACCUAUCACGUUUCUGGAUGCCACGUAAAACAAUGUGGGCGCGUGCCUUUUACGGCAGUGUAUUAACUUUGGGUAACAACACGAAUAAUCGUGUUGAGUCAUUAAAUAGGCAGAUUAAAAGAUAUGUACGCAAAAGCGACAGCUUGCACAAAUGCAUGUACAAGGCUUUUAAGUGGAGUUCAAUGACAUUCUCUAGAAAAAGCAUGGAAGACCAAAUAAUCAGUGGACGAACAUACAAUUAUGAUGCUCCACAGCGUCUUAUACCCUUGCUGAACAUGUUGACCCCAUUCGCAAGAUCCAAAGUGUUAUACGAACUAAAAAAAAUGCGUUUCGUUAACUUAGAAUAUGAAAGCGGCGAGUGGUUGUUUAUGCUUGACCGCGGACAACAUUACGAAGUAGAUGUAAGUAUUUGUGAAUGCAAUUGUAGCACGUUUAAUAUGUGUCGAUAUCCGUGCCGCCAUCUCCUGCUGGCAUAUAUUAAAAGACGAAGUCUAACAGCUCAUCAACUUCUUAGGUGUUGCUGUAGAUGGAAAUUAGACAAUACGCACAAUUUACAAAACAACACAGUAAUUUCAUUACGGAGACGAAGUAAAGAAUAUAUAUAUAUAUAUAUAUAUAUAUAUAUGUGCAAACAACGAAUUGUUGAGAAAUAUGAUGAACGCUUCGCGAAUCAGGUGGAGAGAAGGGUCUACAAUUUUUACUUAAGAAUUAUAAACAGCUAGACAGCAGGUUUACGAUUAACAGUUCUUUGUGGCUUUAUUUUAUACCACUAUUUAUACAACUUGUAAACUUAUCUUUCCACUUUAGUAGUCAUGAAAAAUCAAUAAACUUUUUCUCAUUUUUUA